GUUGAGAACGUAGCAAACAUGGCGGCCUACGUGUUACCCGUUUCUCAAAAAUUCAUAAACGGCGUUCCUGUCCCGCAAGGCCGCAAAACUCUUCGACUCAAAGAGAAAUACAUAAUUUUACUGGUGUUUGUAACGUUCGGGCUCGUGUGUUUUGGUGCGUUUUUCUUUUUACCAGACCUACGAGAUCGGGUAAGACUCAAUAACAUAAGGGGUGUAGAUGAAAUGAUGAUACCCCGCCGGGGUAUAGACAAGGGACAGGUGAUAAAACACGAUGACGAACAUGUUCAUCUAAAUGACGAGAAAUUAAAGUUUAAAGAACAAGUGAACAGGGACGUGGAUAUAGCCAAAAUUGGCAAGAAAUUGAACAUCUCUGAACACGAUGCUGCAAAUAUAAAGAAAUCUAUUGAUUCUGAGAAGGAGGAAAUGGCGAACCUUCGCAAAGAAGAGGCGAGAAGAAAAGCAGAGGAGGAGAAAGAGAAGGACAGGAAGGUGGAGACAGAGCAUGAAGGAGGCGAAGGGGGGCAGGGAGGGGCCCCUAGCGACCCAGAGGUGAAGAAAAAGCGGGAUAAAGUGCGUGAGAUGAUGAAACAUGCAUGGGACAAUUAUGAGAAGUAUGCCUGGGGUGCUAACGAGCUCAGGCCAAUCAGCAAGCGAGGACACAGUGCCAGCAUUUUCGGCAGUUUGAGUCUUGGAGCCACCAUAAUUGAUGCGGCGGAUACCCUAUACAUUAUGGAACUAAUGGAUGAGUACCAGAAGGCCCGCGACUGGAUCGCUACCAGUUUUACCUUUGAUGGGGCGAAUGAGCUGUCGGCCUUUGAGACCAACAUCCGCUUUGUCGGCGGUCUACUGUCUUUAUAUGCCCUCACUGGAGAUUCUAUGUAUAAAAGAAAAGCUAUAUCAGUUGCUGACAAGUUACUUCCUGCCUUUAACACUCCCUCAGGCAUACCUCAGUCUAUGGUCAACACCAAAACGGGCAGUGCCAGGAACUGGGGCUGGGCUUCGGGCGGAUGUUCCAUUCUCGCUGAGUUUGGAUCGUUCCAUUUGGAGUUUGUUUACCUCUCUGAGAUCAGUGGAAAUAGUGUGUAUAAGGAUAAGGUGAUGAAAAUUCGAGAAGUGUUGAACAGCAUAGAGAAACCUAAUGGUUUAUAUCCUAAUUACCUGAAUCCCCGCACUGGCCGCUGGGGACAAAGUCAUACGGCUAUUGGAGCUUUGGGGGACAGUUUUUAUGAAUAUUUGAUCAAGUCGUGGCUGCAAUCCGGCAAGAAAGACGACCUGGCCAAGAAAAUGUACGACGAGGCUGUCCAGGCCAUAGUGGAUAAGUUGGUAAAAGUUUCUCCGGGAGGCUUGACGUACGUCGCAGAGUACAAGUCUGGCCGUCUGGAAAACAAGAUGGACCAUCUAGGCUGUUUUGCUGGUGGAAUGUUUGCAUUAGGAGCCAAAUAUUCUGAUAAUGAAGAGAAAUAUCUAAAUCUAGGAGCUGGGAUUUCCAACACAUGUCAUGAGUCAUAUGUUAGAUCAGAAACCAAGUUAGGACCGGAGGCAUUUAGGUUUGAUGGCAACACAGAAGCCAAAUCUAUCCGUCAGAAUGAGAAGUACUACAUCCUGCGUCCGGAGGUGGUGGAGACCCACUUCUACAUGUGGAGACUGACCAAGGAAGACAAGUACAGGGACUGGAACUGGGAGGCAGUACAGGCUCUGGAGAAGCACUGUCGAGUGGAUGGGGGGUACACUGGUGUUCGGGAUGUGUACCAAUCCAGUCCCUCCCAGGACGACGUACAGCAGAGCUUCUUCCUGGCCGAGGCCCUGAAGUAUCUGUACCUGACUUUCUCCGACGACUCUCUUAUUCCACUAGAUAAGUGGGUUUUUAACACUGAGGCCCAUCCUUUACCAAUACAAGGGGCCAACACAGUCAUCGAGAAAAAAGAGAAAUAAGCCUGUCUGUGAUUAGAGUUUGGACAUGUUUGUGUAUGGCUUUGGACAUGUUUGUGUAUGGAUUUGGACAUGUCUGUGUGUGGAUUUGGACAUGUUUGUGUAUGGAUUUGGACAUGUCUGUGUGUGGAUUUGGACAUGUCUGUGUGUGGAUUUGGACAUGUCUGUGUAUGAUGUCUGAGGCAUAAGUGGACAUGUGCAUGUUUAAGGACACAAGUGUGUAUGGACAUGUCUGUGUGUGGACAUGUCUGUGUAUGGUAUUCAAGGACUUAUCUGUUCAUGAGUCUGCUUGGAUGAUAUAAAUGGCUUGUACAUUGUAUUUGGAGAUAUCAGCACAACAUAUUGGAUUUACAAUGAAGCAAUGAUUAUAGGAAUUCAGAACGAUAUAUUAUGCAUAGAUGUUUAAUUAUUUAUUGUGAAAACAGUUUUAUUUUAAAAAAAUUAUGUUAUAAUCUAACAGUGAAUGAAUUGCUGGGGUAAAUGAACAUGAGAUACUGGCAUGCAUGUGUUUGAACUGUAAAUCUGAUGAGUUUUGUCACAUAUAAAAUUCAUAUAUUCAAUUUACAUGUAUAUCUCUGGACCUAUGUAAGUACAUGCAACUAAUUAAUUAAUUAAUGCAAACAAGACUACUGAGCAUUUGUUAAAGCUGCAGAGGCUGAUUGUCUUAAAGUCUUGAUACAUUGUAAGACGGUGUUUGAAUCAGCAUUAUUGGUUUUUGUUUUAGGGAUUUGAUUGUCUGUUUAUUUUUUUAAUUUUAUUAUUUUGGUGGGUUUUUUUUUGGGGGGGGGGGGGGUGACAGAGAGGAGUUAGGGGGCAGGGAGGUGUAACAUUGUAUGUUGAUUGUCUCAAAGUACUGCAUGAUGACUUUGGAGCUUUUUAUUCUAGCCUUGGUAUUUCAGAGCUACACUUACCGUUAUUUGUUUGAACAGUACAUCAGGAGUCUAAUUUCAUUAUAUCUUGUCAUAUUGUGAUUGUAGAAUAUCCUAAGACAGUUUUUUUGCUGUGAAAAAGACUGUGAGACUUUAAAUUGAAUAUUUUCCUCUUUUUAAUAGAAAAUAAUAAUUAAGAAAUAUUAAGCAUUUUAGUACCGUACAUUUUCCAAAAUUUAUUUGUCAUUUUCAUAUAUUUAUAUGGGCUUUGUAGGAUGAGAAACAAGAAAUCCUUUAUUUGUUAUACAUUUGUUUCAUUAAAUGUUAUUACAUGUUAUUACAUUUGUAAGAUCUGUUACUUACAACCAUCUUAUUGGCCGACUUCAUCCAUAAUAGAAAUUAUAAAAAUGUUACAUUUAUUUCCAUUGGUGCACAGAUAAACGUAACAUGUCAUGUUUUGAUGGACCAAAUUAAUAACUCAUGCAAUGCCAAAUUAAAACGAUUAAUUCUAUCGUCCAAUGAAAAUUUUUGUCUCUCAUCACCUUUGUCAGGCUUCUUAACUGUGAGGUCAGAAUUAUGUCUCGUCUGAUUGAUUCGAUUGUUUACCAAAACACUUGAUGGUUCAGUAUGUCGGUACAUGUGUUGAGAUUUAGCUGACCUCUGGUGGUGACUGAAGGAAAAUCUGUAACAAUUGUUAUGUAUAAAUAUCUAAUUAUGUACAUGUAUAUAUGAUGAAUAUGCUGUAUAUAUAUAUAUAUAUAUCUAUAUUUAAUACCAUUCCAUUUUUAUCUAUAAAAAUGACAUUGCAUUAUAGAUAUUACAAAAUAAGUUAUCUGUGUAUAAAACAACCCUUAAAUUACGCUAAUGUAUUUUACAGAUUGAAUUUAUUCAAGUAUUGGUUACUGAAAUCAUUCAGUACUUUCCAUGGUUACAGUGUGUAGUUGCAUACAAGGUUCAUAUAUUGCUGCACAUAUAAGUCACAUCAUUGCAGUGUUGAAUGUUGAUUAGAUGAUAAUUAGGUACUGGUAGAUGUAAUUUUUUUACUAGUAAAUAAUUUUUUUACAGUGAUUAUUGUGAAUUUGUGAUCAAUCUAGAUUUAUUGUUCUACUCUCAAAUGCAAGUAUGCAUAUAUUAUUAUUAUUAAAAGAGAGAGAGAGAGAGUCUGUUUUAAUCUGUUAAUUUACCCACCAUUGGUAUUUGGUUUCUGAAUUACUGUUCUGUCAUUCUUAAACUUCAUCUAUCUUUUUUAACGACUGAACCCCAGGACCAGUGUAAAGAUGUAUUAUAUUUAUCAUAUCUUUCUUUAAAUUUGUAAUAAAAUGCACCCUUAAAAAUUUAUGAAUAUUUUCAAAAGAAAUUUUCUGAUGUUGUUAUUUGAUCCUAGAUUGAUAGAUCCUGUAGUUUUGUCAUUUGAACUUACUGUUACCUGUGUCCUGUUUUUAACUUACUGUUACCUGUGUCCUGGUUCUAUCUUACUGUUACCUGUGUCCUGUUUAUAACUUACUGUUACCCGUGUCCUGUUUUUUGCUGUGUAGAUUCCUCCCCAUCAUCCUUCAUAUUUGUUCUUCUACCUGUGUUCAGUCAAGUCAUGUAAAAUAAUGUCAAUCAGAUUAAUUUAUAUAAAAUAAAAAAAUACAUGUAUAGUAUA